AUGGUUUAAUCAUAUCAUGUCAAACAAAUCGAAAUAAUUCAUAAUUGAAAAAAAAAAUCCCAGAAAGUGUAGGGGAUGACCCCCGCCUUUAUCGUAUGGCAUACACAUCUCAUUAGAUUUACAUGUGUAUUUAAUCGUGAUUGUAUAACAUAAUAUUAGAUUAGACUGCAGACAGAGCCUUCUCGUUAAAGGUGCAAGUCACAUAAUGAUAAGCUGAGAGAUGACAUCAUAUACAGCUGCCAUGACGUGCGUCUUGGACGGGAGAAUACCACAUUACAAAUUUGGACUGAUAGCUGAUGUGCAAUAUGCGGACUCAGAAAACGGCUUCAAUUUCUCCAGGACAAACGAACGAUUUUACCGCCGAUCUUUGACAUUACUAAAAGAAGCCGUGGAUGUGUGGAAAAAAUGUGACGUAGAUAGCGUUCUACAGCUAGGAGACGUCAUUGAUGGAAAAUGCAAGGGCAUCGAGCAGUCCGAUAUUUGUUUACAGAGAGUUCUUGAUCAGUUUGAUGAACUGCAGAGAGACGUGUAUCACGUGUGGGGGAAUCAUGAAUUAUACAAUUUUGAUCGCAAAUGGCUGAUGACCUCUGACCUAGCACCAAAAGGCGCUUCACGGUCGCCUCCCGAUUGCGCAUAUUAUUCCGUUGACCUUCAUCCCCAACUCCGCCUUGUAGCGCUGGAUUGUUAUGAAGUCAGCCUGCUCGGCGUGGACAAGUCUUACAGAUAUUUCGACCAAGCCUGGGAGACGCUGAGUGCCAUAAACAAGAAUGCCACGUGGAACAGUCCAGAAGGUCUUGUAGACUUAGAAAGAAGGUUCUUAAAGUAUAACGGAGGGUGUUCAACACGGCAGGUUCAAUGGCUGAACGAAGAACUCGCAGAAGCUAGAAGAAGGAAACAAAAUGUUAUAGUUAUUGGUCAUUCUCCCGUUUUGGAAAGCAGUGGGCAUGCUUCCAAUUUGCUAUGGAACUUCGAUGAAAUUUUACAAGUCCUGAGCGCUCACAAGGACAGUGUACUCUGUUAUUGCUGCGGUCACGAUCAUGAUGGUGGGUUCGACCAGGACGAAGCAGGAAUUCAUCACAUAACGCUUCCCGGAGUAAUUGAAGCCGUAGACAACAACCCGUUUGGCACCGCUUAUCUCUAUGACAACCAUCUUAUGAUCACCGGAAACGGAAGUGUUCCCAACUUCUGUAUAAACUUGAAGUAUCCAAUAAACACUGGAACCAGUUGACCCAAUUCCGUCCUUUAAAAAAAAGAAUGGUCACAAUUUUAUUUGAUUUAAUGUAACGAAAACAAACACUCAUUAGACCACACUCAGGAAAACUAAUGAUUUUUAUCACGUGAAUUUUAUUUCAAAGUAUUAUUGUUGCUCAUAUUUCUUAAUUCUUUGAACAAAACUGAUGUUCCUGAA